AUGCGGAACGCAAUCUUCUUCAACCCGAUUCCACGACAAGUAUAUUACCUGAGGAGUACGUCAGUAUUGUCUUGGGUGCAUUCAGGGGCUGGCCUGCAGGUGAAGUGGAACUGUGGAGCGUAUGGUGGGAUGGAAAGAGAAUCGAACUUGAACCUUGUCCACGAACUUGGACACGAGAUUUUUCCGCAGACGAAAAGCCUCCUAAUUACCACAUUUUGGACUAUUCGUAUUUUCGUUGGUACGAAUUUAAGUGGCCUGUUAUGCAGGAACACAUUGGACUGGUCG